UAAUGACCUUGAUACGCGGUUUUUUGAACAAUUCGUUACACUGUUGUUCUGAUUUCCCUACUUUGUACAGAUUUAAGCAAAAUGCGGUUAGCUUGUCGGCUUUUCUGUGAACUCUUUCAAAUACAAAUGAGGAUUUUGUUGAGUUAAUUUUGAUUUAUCUUCACAUUUUAUUUAUAUUUCACAGUGCUUUUGAAAUGUAAUUAUAGGUAUUUUUCUUACAUUUCCAAAUAAUCCACAACUUUUUAGUGUGAAAAGAACAGUGUAUGAAAAGUCUAAGCCUCUCUUGUCAUGGAUUUACUAUUGUUGGUUCUUGUGUGGAAUAUCACGGGCUGUGGACGGCUUUCAAUAACGUGAAUAUAGUCCGCCUCAAACCCGCGAAAAAACUAUGAAUUUCAGCCUAGGCUAGGGAUAAUAACUUUCAAUCGGCUACAAGUCUUCCUAAAGUACUACAACAAAAUGAAUUUAUCCUGUAUUAUCCUAUUAAUUUUGGCAUGUAUGCCAAGAGUUUGCAUUUACGGCAAAAGAUAUUUAUUUUAUGAUGUGUUUUAUGGCGAAGGUUUCAAUUUGAAACGUGAUGUUUAUAUUCGGAUUGCCAAUACAGUACGUUUAUUUAUAUUAUCACGAACUUUUUACAGUCUUUUAAGAGACCCAAGCCAAAUACCAAAUUUCGCUCUACACGACAUAAACGUAAAAAAUUUAACUGGUGAAGAUUGGAUUCUAGUUUUACCACCUUGGGGUCCACUUCCUCAUUGGUUCAAUGACAGAUCAUAUGAAAGAUAUACAAAUCAUAGUUAUUUUAAUAAUUGGUCAGGCAUUCCAUGGUCAAUGUUUUUUGAUUUAAACAGUCUCUCAUUAUUUAUACCAGUUAUGGAUUUAAUUGAAUUUCAACGCAGUAACGUAUUGGAUUCACAACAAUCAUUAUUAAACAGGUCAUCCAAUCAUCCGUUGACAAUCGAUUUAGCUCUUCAGUUAGUUCGUGGAGAUUUUAAUGAAAAAUUGGGGCAAUAUUCAAAUGUUAAUAAUCGUAAAGUAGAUUUUUGUCCAUUUGAAUUACGUGAAUUAUAUCGAUUAAAUGACUCAACAUUGUCAUCAUCAUCGUCAUUCAGUCGGCCAAUAGAAUUAUUUGAAGGAAGUAGUUUUAAUUUACAAAAUGGUAUAUUACCAAUGAGAGCAUCUGCAUAUGAUUGUAUCACUGGAGAUUUAGAACCUGUUCAUUUAGCACCAUUCUUAAUUCAAUUAAUUGAAAAUUCUGAAAAGCCUAUUACGACUUUAUACUUAGACUCAGCUCAGUCGAUUAUACACGGUCAUUGGAGUGAAUGGAGUCAAGAAUAUUGGACUGUACGUCGAAGCAUUACAAUAGCAAAACAUUUACGUGAUAUUGGUGAUAAUUACCGUGGAGCUUAUUUACAUUCUAAUGAUAUUUCAGAUCGUACAGUAUCACCGUCAAUAGUUGAACAUCUUGGUCCAGGUUCCAGUUGGUUACGUCCACAAUGGCCACUUUCACCAGCUCUAGGUGGACCAUAUGUAGCGGUUCAUUGGCGUCGUGGAGAUUUUGUUACUACAAGUACUAACGCUACAACAACAACUGUUACUACUACUAGUCGAUCUCCUAAUAAUGUUUUAGCAGCCCAACAAAUUCUAAAUGCUGUCAAGAUAUUUAAUCAGUAUGAAGAUCAUUACAUCGAUACAAUUUAUCUAGCCACAGAUGCUAAUAAAGAAGAACUAGAAAAUCUGAAAAGUUUACUUUAUCCACUUCAAGUAUUUCAUUUUGAGCCAACUGAAUCCGAGUGGAUAUCUUAUGGCCCAGGUGGUUCAGCAAUUAUAGAUCAAUGGAUUUGUGCACAUGCUAGAUAUUUUAUUGGGACUAGUUCAUCGACAUUUACUUAUCGUAUUGUUGAAGAACGUUCAAUUAUGGGCUUUUUAUUCAAUACUACUUUGAAUAAUUUCUGUUCAAAUGGACCAAUCUAUUUAUAUAAAGCAAAUUAUUAUAAUACAGAAUUAUCUACAUGUCAAUCAUUAACUGAAUGGCCAGUGAUUUAUGAAAAACAAUACACUAUCUCAUCAUCAUCAUCAUCACCAGCAGCAUCAUCAUCAUCAUUAUCACCAAUGAUCAAUGAUAAACUACAUUCAGAUAAAUAUAUUAAAGAUGAAUUAUGAUGUUGGAUAAUGUUUAACCUAUAGGAAGAGACUGAUACAGCAUAUUAUCCAUCUAUUAUCACUACUACUACUACUGCUGCUGUUACUGGCUUCGAUCGUUCUCUCCUCUAUGUUCCUUUCCUUUUUGUUUGUGACUCUCAUGAUUAUUUAGAUUAUUAUUACUGUUUUCUUUUGCGUAUAUAUAUAUAUAUAUAUAUAUAUAUAUAUAUAUAUAUAUAUAUGUUUGCAUAGCUGAAUUUGUUAUGCUAAGAUUUCAGAUCUUCGAAAGAAAAGAAAAUAUUUCUUUUAAUGAUAAUUGUUUAUUGUAUGGUUAUUUUUUUUCAGUGUUAACUUUUCAAUGGUUGCCUAUAUAAUACCAUUAGCCCAUGUUUUAUAUUAUGAAGUGUUAUAUCUUGUAACCGUCUAUCAGAGAGCAGUGACUUAUCGAUCGGAUCGAUGACGCGUAAACACGUGCGAGCAUUCUAGAGUUCUGAUUGGCCCUGCUUUUCGCCUAGCUCAGCCAGAUAAGUCCAGAACGCAAGUCACAGCCUCGGAGAUAUGAAUCAUCAUAUUUUCAAACAUACUGAGUUUAUAUACAAAUCAAACAGACCACAACGUACUAUAAAAUAGAAAAUAACAUUUGUA